UCUAAACAACUUUUCCAGAGUACUCGACAAUCACAACGCGUCCAGUCGUCCAUCGAAGUGCAGAUAUUUAACUAAGUAGCCGAAAACACCAGGCGAAACGCGACGAGGAAUUAGCGGAACGACGAAUCUUGCUUUUUGACUGUAUAUAAUUAAGUUUUUUUCCUUAAUAUAUAUAUUUUUCCUUUACAACUAUCGUUUCGUUUUGAUAGUUAAAAUGAGAAAUCUGCGGUUGUUGUUUCUCGUCGGGCUGGCGACCGGGUUUAUCAGUGAAAAACUCUUUGUCUCCUCACAAACACCCUUUUCCACGACCGAUGACAUGUACCUAGAGGGCCGAACAUCAGGUGACCUUCCUAUAGAUGAUGAAGAUGGUAACGACGACGGCUCAGGCUCUGGAUCUGGAGACUACGCUUUCAGCAACUUCACAGAUAAUGAGGAAAUGAUCAGGCGCUUCCUCAACUUCUCUCAGACCACAGUCUCCAAAGAAAUGGUUCCAUCUCAACCUCAACCACCAACAGCAGCAGACAGCCAGGAUACCUCCACCAAAGAGAUGGACACAGAGACAACACCAUUCAUAUUACCUAAUGGGGACAACAGUGACGAGAAGGUGACCGGUCCAACAGCUGAUUUGUUCACACAAAAUACCAGUGCCAGCUCCACCAGCAUGCCCCCCACUAAAACUACUGCAAACAAAUCCGGCAUAGACAUCACUGUAAUCAAAGAUACCGACGAGGACAACAGUCUUGAUAGGUGGGAUGUCUCAACACCCAAAACCCGUGGGGGUGAAGUCCAGAUCGAAGAGGUUGAAAACGAUCUUCUGGCCAAACAUGGCCAAGGCAGCAGAAUGUAUGAGGUGGACUCUCCUGAAGAGGUGACCACUGAGAACAUGUGGGAGAGGACGGAAGUGCUGGCAGCGGUGAUAGCAUGCGGGGUGGUUGGAUUCCUCUGUGCUGUUUUCCUCCUCGUCCUCCUCGCCUACCGUAUGAAGAAGAAAGACGAAGGUAGCUACAACCUCGGAGACACCAAAGUUUCCACAACAGCCUAUCACAAAGCGCCUACCAAGGAGUUCUACGCCUGAACUGACCAAUAGGGACUUUAAAUGGAGUCUGUCUCCUCCCAAUCAGGACUAAGAAAGGAUCUAUAAACAACUGAAGAGGAUUCCUCUUGAUGAAGUUUGAAGUCGAGCACCUCUGUUUUUCUUCAGUGCUACCACCAUUUUUUCCUCCAUCUUUCCUACCUUCCUUCUCUGCUACUCUCACAUGUUGCUAUAUGAUGUUCAGUGUUUGUGAAGAAGAGGUCAUAAGGGAACAAAUCAAACUUUUUAAAAUACAUUCCCAUCAUUCCACCCUAGAGAAGGAGUUUGACAUUAAACGCACAUCCUAAAUUUCAAGAAAGGAAACUUUUCUAGAAUAUCAGAACUCUUCUAGUGUAGGAACGUAAUCAAUGUCAAAGUAAUCAAAACACUGUGCCUUUAGACCCACGUCACUUCAGCUGAACCACACUGGGCUGGACUUGAAUCUGCAUUACAGACAGAUCGACUGUUCCAUUUAGCAGAGCUACAGCCUGAACUGUCGUGGCUCAGCUUCACAACAUCAAAGGAAGUUUACAGAAACAUACGAGUGGCCUUAACCCAUUAUGAAUGUUGGUAAUUGAAACGGUACCACAUAUGGGAUUCGUAUAACAACAUGGCCUUCCAAAAUGUAAACCCUUUCCCCUUUUAUUGUAGGUCAAAUUUGCUCUGUUUGUUAACAUUUUCAUGAUUACAUUUCAUUUUCUGUAUGCUUUCUUCGCUGCAUUGAAUAUAUAUUUUUUAUUGUUAUGAGAAAUUAAUAUGUUUUUUCAUAUACUGUCCAGUAUUGUUAUGAGAGAUUUGUGUUACUCUGCAGGUACAUAUUUUUGUUGUUUUCUCACAGAUAAUUGAGACUUAUAGAACUGACCAAAUAUAAAUUACCUUUAUUUGUCUUUUGGAAAAAAAUGUUAGUAUCUUUUUCAAUGUGUUUUGAUAUUUAGAGAUUAUAAGCCAUUUUUAAAGAGAUUUUCACUGUAUUCAAACGGUGGUAGCCUUACGUAGGCCCUCAACCUUGCAGCCAACAUUAGUAAUAUUUUCAGGACUUUUCUAGGUGAUAGGGUGCAGCAAGCACGUGGACUAGGAUUGCUAAAGUAGAGCCAAAGCUGAUUACUAUAAUUCAGAAACCGUAGAAGUGACCAACGUUUUCUGAAGCGGUCAAAGCAAAUUCCUCUGACUUAUCAACUGUAUACAGCUACAUCAGCAGGUUUGAACUUAAAGGGACAGUGAAAAUGACUUUUAAUAAGUUAUAAUGUAAGAUAGUGUAAACAUGGUUUAAACAAGUGUUCCCUAAUUAUCAAUAUUUACUUAAGCCAACAAAACCAAAGGAGCAUGAGACCUUCUAGAGACUUUUGGAGCUUCAAUAAGGAUACGGUUAAGAGCAACGACGACAGGGUAAUGAUUCUUACUUGUAUACAGCAUGUUCCAUUUUUUUUUUUUUUACAUUUGCCCUAGUCUGUGAUGAAGUUUAGCACCAGCUACCUACUUGUGUGUCAAAGAACAUUACUUUUUUGACCACAGCCUCUUAUGGGAGACGUUGUCUUGAAGUAGCUAUAACUGUAGCUUUACAAUCUUUGUGAAAAGGUCAAAUCAUUUUCUUUUAACCAACUUUGGUCAUCAAAAUGAUCAAUGGUUGAUGUAUACAGAGAGGCGGGGCUAAGUGGUUAAACUAUGAUACUUAUCGGAUGGUAAUGGCUAUUUUUGUUUGUUUUUAGAUGAUUCUGCUCCAAAGGUCACUGCCCCUAUGUGUUGCAAAAUGUGUAGAGGCAGUUUUGUGUCUAGCCACAGUUUGAUUCCCUUCAUGAGGCAAUGUUUGUCAGUGAAAUGUUUUGUUUGUCCUUUAGCCAAGGCUACUUAUUAAUUCUUAUUGUUUAAAUGAUAUAACUACCUUUGCCAAAACAGAAAAUACUAUUUUAAAGUAACUCUAGAUUAUCUAAAUUCAAACUGCCUACUCACUGGGGCUGGAAUAAACUAAAUCUACCAUAUCACUAACCCACUGUGACUUCCUGUUGGCAACAUGACAUUUGUUCGGCACUUGAAUCCGCCGUGCCUCACAAUACAUUGUAUACAUUAAUUCACAGUUGCUUUGACCUUUGAGCUGUACAGAACCUCAACUGGAAUAUUUGACUGAUCUUGGAAAUGCCGACGUUUCUGUCGUCCAUACCAACAGACAUGUCAGAGAAAUGUCUGACAUAAACCCUACCCUAGAGGGUUAGGACAACGGGUUAGCACUUGUUAGGAAUCCAACAGGUGAUGACACACAAUUACCAUACUCAAAUAGGAUCUCUGUAAAUUUCUACAGUAUGUUGAUACUAUAAUUUAUAUGUAUUAAUUUAUGCUUGCUUAGACUAUAAUCCAGGUUAAUGUCAGUGAUUUGAUUGGGAUUGUGCAGUAUUUACUCAUGAUCAAAGCCUAUUUGUGCCUUCUGCUCAGUUUUGUUUUUAAACAUGAGUUUAUGGUGUAUUUUACACGCCUUGGUAAAUUCAUUUUCAAUUUCAUAUUCAGAUGUUACCUUUUUCUUUUGUUAUAUGAAUGCAUUUAGUAAAUGUUAAAGUAGAAUUAUAAGUUACUUGUGAAUAUAUUGAAGCUUUAAUUUUCAAUGUAAUUGAAGUUGAUUUGAACAAAGAAGCAACUACAGAAGGCUGGAGACCAACCAAAAAGCAACUUGCAGAUACAAUUGUGACAUAAGCAAAUAAGGUUGCCAAUAGAGAACUGUAUUGCUAAAAUUGUGUAUUUUAUGAGGUUCACUACUGCAUAAAAGAUGUGCCGUUAAUGCAAUUAUUAAACUUACUGUCAUUUA